AUGGCCGAAAGCACUCCCCAGCCCAUCGAGCAAUCGCCAGCUCAUCUUCGGCAUCUGCAAAAUGCCGUCUUCUCGUCGGCCAUCCUUCGGAGGAAAGGAUACAUCAUCGAUCCCCUCACCAAAGAUGACCUAGAGAGAAAGAAAAGAUGCAGUCGCUGCUCAAAAGCUUUGUCGAAGAAGGAUAAGGAGGAAUUAGUUCCGACGAAGAAACACCUUAAGAAGGUCAAAGAGGUUGGAGACAAGAGUCGAGGAGCAGGUUAUGCCGCCGGUCCAAGAGGCGAGACAGCUCUUGAAGGAAGUUUUUCACUUCUGGGUGUCAAUACCGCAAAGGGUGAGGCAAAUGGCGCCUCCCGGCCUCCCGUAAAUGACAAGGAUGGCGACAAGACAGGGAGGGAACCACUCAAGCGAUGUAGAUACCAUUCUGGAGUGGUACAGGCCAAGAUGUGGACUUGUUGCAGGAAGCACGUCUCUGCGGCACCUUGCUGCCAGGAUGAUAAUCAUCUCCCAAUUCAAUAUGCACCAGGUGAGAUUGAGGCCAACUGGCUCUUCUAUCGCACGCCACAGUCAGGUGGCCGGAACCCUCAACAGAGCUUUGCCAUUGCUGUUGCGAUUGAUUGCGAGAUGGGAGUAAGUGACUCUGGCGAGUCAGAGCUUAUCCGCGUCACUGUUGUCGACUAUUUCUCAGGCGCCGUUCUUCUUGACAGCCUUGUCGCUCCCGAUGUGAGAAUGAAGCAUUACAACACCCGGUUUUCUGGAAUCUCGAGGCAGGACAUUAACGAGGCCCGCCGCCGUCGCACCUGUAUCUUCGGGAGGAGUAAUGCGCGCAAGGCUAUAUGGAGAUGCGUUGGGCCGAGAACGGUCAUCAUCGGACAUGGUCUGAACUCUGACUUGCUGUCCCUUCGCUGGAUUCAUCCCUUCAUCGUCGAUACCAUGUUGAUCGAGGACGAGAUUGUCCAUGCCGCAAAGGCCGGUCUCCCCGAGGAUCCAGAUCAGGAGUUGAACGAAAAACAAAAGGGACUUCUUGAAAUUUCAAAGACGCCGCUUUCAUUGAAGUCCUUGACGUUAUUGCGUCUUGAUAGACACAUUCAACUCAAGGGACAAGGGCAUGACAGCGUGGAAGAUGCAUUGGCAUCGAGGGAUCUUCUCCACUGGCAUCUGGUUCACAGAGUAGCACCGGAGAGCUCGUCUCCUGCCCCUUCUACAGGUGGUUGGACCGUCUAG